UACAGAUCUUCACGUCCUUCGAUACCGAGCCCACUGGCGUCGCCGAGCUACACAGCGUCCUCGCUGACCACCCCGAGUCCUCCUUCGCCGAGUACCGCCACGAACCAGAGACGCCCGCCGCCCAUUGACACGCGAUCUAAUCGCAAUACGACCCCAUCUUCUGCUGGUGGGCACACUACCUUCUACUCUGACUCGUCCAACCCCUCCAGCCCAGACGAGGAGCGCCCAAGACCAGAUCCCCACGCCGCCCCGAAUGAUACUCGAAGCGUCCACCAACCUGUGAAUUCGAAGCCUGUUGAAGGCUCGUCGAGCAAGGCGCCUAGUUCAGCAAUGCCCAGCCCGACGACAUCCACCGCGCCCAGCGGUGCCACGGGCCUGCCGCGCAACUCUUCCAUCGACAGUGCCAUCUCCGCCAUCUCCUCAAGCGCGCAAGCGAAUAACACAACUAAUAAUCAGGCAAGAUCAGAAGAGAUUGCAAAGUUGAUCCAAACUGCUGGGAGCCCUGAGGCCGUCAUUCAGUAUCUGCUCAAAGAGAAACAGUCUCAGGCGCAGCAAAACAGCCAGCUAUGGCGUCUGGUUGACAAGCAGAGGGCCAUGAUCUUGGGGCUGAAUAAGGAUUUGGAGGCUGCCCUGAAAGACAAAGAGAAAUACCGGAAAAAGCUAAAAGAACUGAUGGCGAGCCCCUUGGUAGUAAAGCCGCCGGGUACCCAAGAGGAUGAAAAACAGUCAGAUGUGCACAACGAUGCACACCUGCUUAGCCAGGAAGUUGAAUCGCCGAGGGAGCCUGUGGUUCCCUUGCCCAACACCCCCAGGCUGGAUUCUGGGAUCCCAUUGGGCUCACCGGUUGACAUGGCUUUGGCUCCUUAUCCAAUCACCCCUCCAGCAGACCGAUCACACGCACCCCCUUCGGCUGUGGCCGAGCUUUUGGAUCCGUCAGAGGAGAUGCCUAAACCCCAGGAAUAUGCUCUGGACCAUUAUGAUCAUGAGGCGGAAGAGCAGGCGGCGGAUCAGGCAAGGAGAGAGAAGACUAAUGACCAACUGAAUGAGAUACCCUUCAAUGCCUCCCUGCCUCCGUCACGCAGCCUGCCAAGCCACCCACCCAACAAGCCUCCACCAAAGCCUCCCGCCGCCAACUCCCCUCCAACAGUAACCAUCAUGGAGCCCACACCACAGCCGGACGAGGGCAUUGGCAAAUUCCCUUCGCCCCCGCGGAAGCCUCCCCCCGCGCCUCUUCAGCUUAGGCAGGAGAUCCGGCGCCAGUUGGAUUCCCCCACCAUUGAAAUAGAGUCUGAUUCCGACUACGAUGACGUUUUGGAAGUGGAUGAGAUUAUUCCCGAGAGCCGCGGCCGUCGACGAACGCGCGAGGAAGACGAUCGCGAGCGCGAAGUUCUGGCUAUCCAGGAGGUGGAGGCGCGGAGUGUAUCCAAGAAUGCUGAGGCUGGAAUGGGAGAAACCCCAAGCUCUGCCUCCUCAUCGAGCCUUUCAGCUGUGCCCGCCAGUUUGCAACCUGGGAUGCCAACCGCAUCGCUGGAUGCGGUUCUGAACGGGGCCAGGCCUAGAGAGCUGACCGCUCCUAUCCUCAGUCCUGGUCUGCCAGCUAGCCCCAGGCCAUUUGGGAACCCCAAAAUGACACUUGCCCAUCCUCCAAUGUCGCCAAGGGGCGGUCCGUUGUCACCACGGCCUCCACGACAACCGAUUCCCAUGCCGCCCGGUACGCCUAUGAUAGUGCCGCCAACCGCAUCGCUGAGUGAUGGGAACCCGCUGAAGAAGGCCAUGGAGGCUGGGGACUACUCGAAAGGUCUUUCAAGCCCAGUGGAACGAACUGCCAUCUUCAGAGGCUUAGUAACUGAUGAAUACCCCGACCUGCUACUGCCACCAAACGCGUUGCCUUCUGUCGCUGUCAGAGUUGCGUCGUCCCGCAUGAAGCCGUCCAGAGCGAGUCUCUUGUCGUUGACUCAGCUAGAGGAGGAUCCGGUAUUUACCCUUGCCAUCAUCUCGCGAGCUGACGGAGGCGAACUUUGGCGCGUUGAGAAGGACUCUGCAUCUCUAGCCAAGCUGGACCAGCGGCUGAAGCAGUGUCCUGCUUUUACGGCCAAGACUCCGGACAGGUCAUUGUUUACCGGACAUGCACCCGCCAAGAUUGAUGCCCGAAGAGCCGUGUUGGACCAGUACAUGGACGAGCUUUUAAACACUCCCCUCGACACUCCCACAGCUCUUGAGCUUUGCAAAUACCUCUCCAACCAUACCCUACCCCCCAACGCGGAUGAGACUGGACAGACGUACAAGCCCAAGGAUGACAACUCAUCGAUUAGAUCAGAUGGUCGACCAACUCGCAAUGGUUAUCUUACCAAGAAGGGCAAAAACUUUGGCGGAUGGAAAUCGCGCUUCUUCAUUCUCAAUGGCCCUCUUUUGAAAUACUACGAGACUCCUGGCGGCGCUCAUCUCGGCACCAUCAAGCUUCAGAAUGCUCAGAUCGGCAAGCAAUCCCAAAACAACGACGCCAGUACCCCGACAACCCAUAGCAACGAUGAGGAGCUGGAUAGCCAAUAUCGCCACGCUUUCCUCAUCCUUGAGCCCAAGAAGAAAGACUCCAGCAACCAUGUCAAACACGUGUUGUGUGCAGAGAGUGACCGAGAAAGAGACAUCUGGGUGGAGAAUUUGCUGCAAUGGAUUGACUACCGAGAUCCCGAGGAUGACCAGCCUGCCACAAGGCCAGUCCAUGACCGUCAGAUAUCUGGAGACCAGCUCGCCAAAUCUAAGAAGGGAGGCAAACCGAGCCAACAACAUCAAACCUCGGGUUCGGACACACUGAUUGGAGUGAGAUAUGACUCUACCCACGCUGGAGACGCCCCGCACCAAGGCAGCCAUGGAAACCGACCAAAGACAUCCGGCAGCCAAAGCGACCAUCACCACGCCAGCACGGAUUCGCACUCCAAAAUCAUCUCCGGGCCAAAAGACCCUCAGGUGAUUUCGGAUGCCUCCAUGUGGGGAAGCAGAAUUGGCCUGUCAGCGCCACCUCCCGCACCGACUCCGUCACAUGAUGAGAAAAAGCAGAGAAAGCGAAGUUUCUUUGGGUUUGGGCCCAAGGCACGCACUUCGUCUGAUGGACAGGAUUUGAUGUUUGGAGGUAGCGAAGGAGCAACUCCACCACAGAAUGGCUACCACGGCCCGGUUCGCCAUGUUUUCGGCGCGCCUCUGGCUGAGGCUGUCCGGUAUAACCCUCCGGUGGACGUUGACGUGCCCCUGCCCUCAGUCGUCUACCGCUGCAUCCAGUAUCUGGAAGCCCAGAACGCAAUUUUCGAAGAAGGCAUCUUCCGGCUUAGUGGUUCGAAUGUCGUCAUCAAACAGCUUCGAGAGCGGUUCAACAACGAAGGCGACAUCAAUCUGGUCACCGACGAGCAUUACUACGACAUACAUGCAGUGGCAUCUCUCCUGAAGCUGUAUCUGCGGGAGCUCCCCACCAGUAUACUCACAAGAGAUCUUCAUUUAGAAUUCAUGUCAAUAACGACGGAGAUUACCGACAAGACCGAAAAGAUGGCGGCUCUCAACGAGCUCUCACAACGGCUGCCCCAGGCUAACGCAACGCUGCUCAAGUACCUGAUUGCAUUCCUAAUUAGAAUCAUCAACAACUCGGACAUCAACAAGAUGACUGUACGAAACGUGGGUAUUGUCUUUUCGCCGACGCUCAACAUCCCCGCGCCCGUCUUCGCCAUGUUUCUCCAAAACUACGAGGCAAUUUUCGGAGUCGACCCUGAAGAGUAUGAACUUCCGUCCCCCACUUCUGAGACGGGAAGUCACGGUCGAUCAGAUUCUACUGCGCGCUUCGAUCCACCACCGGGUCGUCCAUCAACAUCAUCUGGCAGCGCCUCUCCUCGCCAUCAAGGAUGGCCGGAAUCUAUCCGAGACCCUGCCAGAUCAACGCCAACGCCUCCUCUGCUGAUGAAUCUAAAUGCGGCGCGAGGGUCACCCACUCCGACCGGAGCGUCUCGCCACAGUUAUGAGCCUUCCUACCUGCUUCACCAGAGCCCUAGAGCAGUUUCCCAGCCACUACAGAACACUGGCACUGGAUCUUCAGACGGCUCAAUUUCGCAGCCGCCUCACAGAGCUAGUCCAGCAUACGAACAGUCUCUUCUCCCCAUGGCCGCAGAAGACCAAAACGGCAAUCUUGCUGCGUACGACCAAGGGAGCAUGUCCAGGCGCCGGGAGAAGACUGCCGACACGCCGUCGACGGUGGGCAGCACGCCGCAGUAUCACCAGGUGGAAUAUGCAGGAUCCGGCUCUGGCGCUGGCUCUGUAGCGGCCGGCGUUGAUGCUGGCGCUGGGGGCUCGGCCGUUGGAGCUGGAGCUGGAGCUGGAACUGGAGGAGCUGCGGGCGAUGCUGACGCAGCCGCCGAUGCAAAGAAGUCGAGGGCCUGCGAGGCCUGCCGCGGGCUCAAGGUGCGCUGCGAGCCCGAUCCCGUCGAGGGCGAGCCGUGCAAGCGAUGCCGCAAGGCCGGCCGCAGCUGCAUCGUCACGGUGCCCACGAGGAAGCGCCAGAAGAAGACGGACAGCCGCGUGUCGGAGCUGGAGAAGAAGAUCGAUGCCCUGACGGCGAGCCUCCACGCAAGGGCCGGCGUGCCAGGCCUGAACCCGCUGGCUGGACAGCCUCAGCCUCAGCCGCAACACCAGAGUCAGCAUCGACACCAGUCUGAUUCUUCCGCGAGCGGAUAUCCAGCAGGAAGCUGGCCCAAUGCGGCGGCGACAGGGACAGUGAGGCCGUGGGGGGGCAUGGAGGCAUCGCCCCUGAUGCAGUCGGCGUCGACGCCGCCCACACGGACUCCGCAGGACGACGUUUCGACAUUCCAGCCGCCAAUCGUCAUGGCCGGCCAGAAGCGAAAGGCAGCCGACCGUGAUGCCUCCCUUGGUGACGACCACAAGGCCAUGACGCCAUCGACGAGCUGGUCCGGCUUCUCCAGGCCCACCGAGGGCGACAUUGUCGAUCGCGGCCUCAUUACGAUGGAGCAUGCCACCGGGCUGUUCAACAAGUACAAGGAGCACAUGGUACGGCAUCUGCCGGCCGUCGUGUUCCCACAUAGUGCCACCGUCAUGGAGCUGCGCAAGACCAAGCCGACGCUGUUCCUGGCAAUCAUGGCGGCCGCCACGGGCGAAAACCAUUCGCUCCAGCGCGUGCUGCAAAAGGAGCUGAUGCAGCUCUUUGCCGAAAAGGUGAUUGUCACGGGCGAGAAGAACCUGGAGCUGGUGCAGGCCAUCCACGUGGCCGUCAUCUGGUACUGGCCGCCCGAGCACUUUGAGGAGCUCAAGUUCUACCAGCUCGUCCACACCGCCGCCGUCAUGGCCAUCGAUAUUGGCCUGGGCAGGAAAGGCGGCUCACGACGAGGCCCGCCACCGUUCCGCCGCAAUCCACCGCCUGAUUCCACCAGCAUCGAGUGUCGCCGGACCUGGCUGACGUGCUUCUUCCUGGCCCUCAACACGUCCAUGUCGCUGCACCGGCCGAACCUGAUCCGCUGGACGCCCUUUAUGACGGAAUGCCUGGAGAUACUCGAGACGUCGCCCGAUGCCGCGCCCACGGACAAGUACUUUUGCCACCUGGUGUGGACGCACCGCCUGGCUGAAGAGGUGGGCUCGCAGUUUUCGCUGGAUGACCCGUCGACAAUGGUCAAUAUUACGGAUAGUAGGACGCAGUAUGCGUUGAGGGCCUUGGAGCGGGACCUCGACAAGUACAUUGCGUCGAUUCCCAAGAAUUUGAUGCAACACACAAUGUCCGACCAGUGGCGGCCUCCUUUCAAUACCGAAGCCCUCAAGGAUGGCAUCAUUAACUCCGAGCCCCUAUCCGCCGCGCACAUCAAUGCACUUUCAGCGUGCCUGACGGCUAUUGAUGGCAUUUUCAAUACCUUCCUAUCCAUGGACGUCCUCAGCAUCCGCUGCCUGCCCGUCUUCAACUUCAUGAGAGUCGCAUAUGGAGUCGUCAUUCUGAUCAAGAUGUACUUUUCCGCCUCGAGCCCGGGCUCGGAAAUGGGCAAGGUCAUUCACAAGGACAACAUGCGUGUCGAGUACUACCUAGAAGCCUUGCUCGACAAGUUCCGGGCCACGGCUGCAGACAACAAGUGUCGCCCUGCCGCCAAGUUUCUGGUAGUGCUAGCUAUGCUCCGCAGCUGGUUCUUCAAGCAAGGCAAGGAGGGAGGUGCAGCAGCAGCGUCUUCUGAUGAUGGUGACGCUCCCUGUGGUGGAUCUUCGCAACAGAGGCCGCAGUACCCUGCUCAGGGGACACAGCAGCAGCAGCAAUUGCAACAUCAAUUACAACAACAACAGCAGCAGCAGCAGCAGCAGCAACAGCAGCAACAGGCACAGCAAAUGCAGCCUCAGCAGCAACCACGACAGCAAAACGUCAACACCCCCCUCCAGCUCCUCUCCGAAGUCGCAACCACAGGAAGAGACGGCCGCACCGCCACCCACAUCUUCACCGGCCUCAAUGGCACCGGCAGUCACCACCCCCAGCCCUUCUUCCACGACUCCGUCUCCUCAACCGAUACCCCUCCCGCCCCCGUGUCCAACGCCUCUUCCAUGCCUCAAAUGCCGGGCCCUUCCCCCUCGUCCACGGAUCUCGACUCGGCCAUGGCACCCGCCUUCCCGCCGUGGAUGUCGGCCGCCCAGCCCAUGGUGCCGACCGACUUGGACGUGGGCGCCGUGCCGACGAAUUUCGACAUUGAGGGCUUGAACCUUGCGGCUGCGGAUUUGAACGACAUGUACGAGAGCGGAGCAAAGAUUGUCAUGAACGAGCCUUGGUUCACGGAUGCGUUCCAGGGCCUGCCG